AUGUCCUCCUGCUGUCUUCAUGUCCUCCUGCUGUCCUCCUCAUACCAUCUGCUGUCUUCAUGUCCUCCUGCUGUCUUCAUGUCCUCCUGCUGUCUUCAUGUCUUCCUGCUGUCUUCAUGUCCUCCUGCUGUCUUCAUGUCCUCCUGCUGUACUGCUUACUGUAUGUCCUCCUGCUGUCUUCAUGUCCUCCUGCUGUCUUCAUGUCCUCCUGCUGUACUGCUUACUGUAUGUCCUCCUGCUGUCUUCAUGUCCUCCUGCUGUACUGCUUACUGUAUGUCCUCCUGCUGUCUUCAUGUCCUCCUGCUGUACUGCUUACUGUAUGUCCUCCUGCUGUCUUCAUGUCCUCCUGCUGUCUUCAUGUCCUCCUGCUGUCUUCAUGUCCUCCUGCUGUCUUCAUGUCCUCCUGCUGUCUUCAUGUCCUCCUGCUCUCUUCAUGUCCUCCUGCUGUCUUCAUGUCCUCCUGCUGUCUUCAUGUCCUCCUGCUGUCUUCAUGUCCUCCUGCUGUCUUCAUGUCUUCCUGCUGUCUUCAUGUCCUCCUGCUGUCUUCAUGUCCUCCUGCUGUCUUCAUGUCCUCCUGCUGUCUUCAUGUCCUCCUGCUGUACUGCUUACUGUAUGCCCUCCUGCUGUCUUCAUGUCCUCCUGCUGUACUGCUUACUGUAUGUCCUCCUGCUGUCUUCAUGUCCUCCUGCUCUCUUCAUGUCCUCCUGCUGUCUUCAUGUCCUCCUGCUGUCUUCAUGUCCUCCUGCUGUCUUCAUGUCCUCCUGCUGUCUUCAUGUCCUCCUGCUGUCUUCAUAUCCACCUGCUGUCCUCCUCUUCAUGUUGUCCUCCUGCUGUCCUCCUCUUCAUGUUGUCCUCCUGCUGUACUGCUUACUGUAUGUACUCAUGCUGUCUUCAUGUCCUCCUGCUGUCUUCAUGUCCUCCUGCUGUACUGCUUACUGUAUGCCCUCCUGCUGUCUUCAUGUCCUCCUGCUGUACUGCUUACUGUAUGUCCUCCUGCUGUCUUCAUGUCCUCCUGCUGUCUUCAUGUCCUCCUGCUGUCUUCAUGUCCACCUGCUGUCCUCCUCUUCAUGUUGUCCUCCUGCUGUACUGCUUACUGUAUGUACUCAUGCUGUCUUCAUGUCCUCCUGCUGUCUUCAUGUCCUCCUGCUGUACUGCUUACUGUAUGCCCUCCUGCUGUCUUCAUGUCCUCCUGCUGUACUGCUUACUGUAUGUCCUCCUGCUGUCUUCAUGUCCUCCUGCUGUCUUCAUGUCCUCCUGCUCUCUUCAUGUCCUCCUGCUGUCUUCAUGUCCUCCUGCUCUCUUCAUGUCCUCCUGCUGUCUUCAUGUCCUCCUGCUGUCUUCAUGUCCUCCUGCUGUCUUCAUGUCCUCCUGCUGUCUUCAUGUCCUCCUGCUGUGUCGCUGGGCGGGCGCUACACCAGGUUCUCUGCGCUGCGCUCGUGCUUGUGCAGACUGAACGGCCUGUCCUCCUCUGAGGCUCACCAGUGUUUAACCCAAGGUAUAGCGAACAUCGACGUGGCCACCUCCUCCGGGAUGGGCCUACACCAGCACCAGACAGAGGUGGUGGGGGGCAAGGGUUGGCAUGGCAACAUCUCCCUGCUGUCCAAUGACUCCUUGGGCUAUAACACGUGGCUGAGGACCCUCAAAGAUCACCCUGAUGUAGUGCAGUACUCCCUCCGGCUCAUGUCCGACCUGAUCCCCCACCCGGAGAAGAGGGCGCAAGUGAGAGCCGCCAUCAUGGAUUAUCUGAGAAAGGAGGAGAAAAGCCCCAAUGUGGGAGAUGAAGAGGUUUGUGGGAGCAGCUGUUGUCCCACAAACACCAUGAGAGGAACCCUGUCUGUGACCAUUAUCAGGGGCUGGCGGCUGGAAGGAGAUGCAGAUAUCUGGGACUACUCAGACAGUUAUGUAAAAUUGUCGUACGGAUCCCUCCACCGAAAGACUUCAGUUUUGUAUUCAAACUAUCCUGUGUGGAACGCCACCUUCAAUCUCGGACAGGUAGACACGCAUCACCGUCUGAAGGUGGAGGCCUGGGAUGAAGACCCGUGGCCAGAUGAGCUCAUGGGCUCUUGCUCCCGGUCCCUCAGAGAAGGCACCCGCAAGUUCAGCUGCAGAGCCAGUAACGGAGGUGUGGACGCAGAGUACACUUUGACCUGUGACCGGCAUCUGACCGGAGACCGCUGCAGCCAAUACAAGCCCACCACACCACAGGGCCAAAGGGGAACAGCAACUUAA